AUGUCGACGCAGAACGAGCCCUUCUAUCUCCGCUACUACUCAGGUCACUCUGGGCGGUUCGGGCAUGAGUUCCUAGGUUGGUUGGCACUGAUUCUAUCCGGUUCGUUGGCAUUUGCUUAUUGGGAACUAGAAUUUGACUUUCGCACCCUGGGCGAUGGUCGCAGUGCCGCCGUGCGAUACGCGAACACUCAAACUACCGCAAUGACUCGCUCAUCCGCAAAGAGAGUCCGUUCCUCUUCGCGAUUCCGAUCACGUCAGAUCAAGCGCAUUAUCAAAGAAAGCGAGAUCAUGAAGGAGGACGACUCCAAAUGGCCGCAGAAGAACAAGGACGGACGGCAAGAGCUGGAGAUCCGCCUUGGAAAUGAACACAUUUCCUUUGAGGUAUUGUGGACUAUCCUCACCGUCCUUCCUAUCUGGAUGUCAGGUUCUAACUCGUGGCCUGUCGCAGACCGCGAAAAUCGGCUCAUUGGUUGA